CAAGUGGUCCAACUUCACGGCUAGCCAAAAUCAGAAAACUGUUAGUUUCUGUGUCAUGACUUUGGUUCCGAGAUGCGUUUUCGGACACCAUAAUGCGGCGUUACAUACGUGCACUGCUGCUGUGCACGGUGUUCGCCGUGUUUUCGGGCCUGUAUGUUUACAGCAAGCUGUUUAACACGGACGUCUCGGCCGGAGGACACGGAGCGAGGAGGGCUUUCAUCCCGCAGAGAGGCACCGGAGGCAGGCGGGGGUCCGCGGUCAGAGCCGGGCCCCAGAAACCCCACUGGUACAAUAGGUAUAUCAUGCGUCAAAGCGGGCAGAUAGAAGGUGAGAGGAGCGGCGUUCGAAGGAGGCCUGAGCCCACCAUGCACCUGGCCGUGGUGGCCUGCGGGGACAGGCUGGAGGAGACCCUCACCAUGAUCAAAUCCGCGGUGCUUUUCAGCGUCAAGCGCCUCUACUUGCACGUCUUCGCUGAAGAUCAGCUCCACGCCAGCUUCGUGGGGACUCUGGAGUCGUGGCCCGAUUCGUUCCGCUCGAGGUUCAACUACACCGUGUACUCCAUCAGCUUCCCCAUCGAGAACGGCGGCGAGUGGAAGAAGCUCUUUAAACCCUGCGCUUCUCAGAGGCUCUUUCUACCUCUGAUCUUAAAGGACAUCGACUCGAUUGUGUACGUCGACUCCGACAUCCUCUUCCUUCAGCCUGUAGAUGGCUUGUGGGACUUCCUGUCCCAGUUUAGUCCUUCCCAGCUGGCUGCCAUGUCCCCUGAACACGAGGAGCCCCGCAUCGCCUGGUACAGUCGCUUUGCAAGGCACCCUUUCUACGGCAGGACGGGUAUCAACUCUGGGGUCAUGCUUAUGAACAUGACAAGGAUAAGAAGCACCUUUUUUAAGAACGAUAUGACCCGAGUGGGUCUGCGCUGGGAGGAGCUGCUGAUGCCUCUCCUUCAGAAAUACAAACUGAAUAUAACCUGGGGAGACCAGGACCUUCUGAAUAUUAUUUUUCAUCAUAAUCCUGAGUUUCUGCUGGAGUUUCCAUGCAAGUGGAACUAUCGCCCUGAUCAUUGCAUAUACGGCAGUAACUGUGCCUCAGCUGAGGAGGACGGUGUCUACGUCUUGCACGGAAACCGAGGGGUUUACCACGACUACAAACAACCAGCUUUCAGAGCCGUUUACGAGGCAGUAAAGAAGUAUUCCUUUGGAUCAGACCCGGUCCUGUCUUUGUUGGAUCCUUUGACGGAGGAACUACUGAAGACGACUCACACCUACUGUGGCAAAUCCAAUGCACUCUUUACCAAGAGACUAGCACUCAGUCUGGAGAACAUAAACAGGAAAACUCCACAUGGACGAUGAUGUCUACGGUAAAGUCGAGUUGUAACUCGCUUUGGUAAACCAGCUGACAGAACUCUCAAAUCACACAACUUUGUGAUAACAGGCAGUGAUGCAGUGAAGAUUUGGAGAUCCUUGGAGCCCCUAAAGCCAGCUGCGAUUGUGUCAAACGGAUGACAGGAGCAUCUUACUACUUGUGAGUUGCUCUGGAUAAAAGUAUGGCGUAGAACCACUGAAACCUGCUGCAAACAGUCCUGGACUAACAUGCUACAGAUGUAUAAAUACUUGAUUAGUUGCCUAAUCAGGUAUUUGUUUUAGUGGCAGUGUUGGAAAAAUUUACAUCUCAAAAGCAUUUUUUGGUGUAGCAAGCCUCUUCCAUGGAGGAAACGGAGAUCUUCUUGAUGUACUUAGUUCUAAAUCUGAUUGAAAGUGUAAAAACUACGAAGAAGAAAGGCACUGGAAUUUCCAUAUUGGAGAGUUUAUUGAACUAAUUUUAAAGGAAGUUGUAACCACUGGAGAAGUGGAUAAAAGGUUUUGAUAGUGUGCAAUGGACCACUUUUUGUUUUCUUUUUUAUAGCUUUUAGAAAUUACUUAAACUAGGAACCUCCUGACUCCGGGACUCGGGAUCAAUAACUAAGUUUUAGGGGGUUUUUUUGUUGUUGUUUUUUUUCUUGAGCUGAUUUGCCCGCUAUGCUACGUAGACGACUAUUCAAGUUGAAGAGCUAGUAGCAGCGGCUGAAACAUGAAAAUGAAAACUUUUGAUACUCAAAGCAAAGCGAAACGUUUGGAAAGUUAGUGAAUGUUUUCUGUAAGUUCUGUCUAUCCUGAGAGAUGCUACCAUCUGUCAUUAUCAGAGUAAACAUGCUAGCAUUAGCCUCUCACUUCAAAAUUAAUUAGCAUUAAAAAAUGGAACAAAACAUGAAUUUAUUUUGGACUGUAGUUGUGGAAUCACUUGUAUUUCUAAAAUACAAAUGCUUAAGCUACUCAAACUUCCAGUGACACAAUGUCAGAAUAUUACAGUAGCUUUCUUAAACUAAGUAAUCGAUGUCAGAGAUGCUUAAGGCCGUCUUGUAAAAACUGACUUGAGGGAAAUGAAUAAGAGAGACUUCAGUGUCUGGAACACCAUUUUACGAGUGAGUUUAGUGCUAUGCUGUUGGAAGACUAAUGUAGACCAGGUAAUACUGGUAAAACUGUUAUUUUAUUGAUUAUAAAUUGAUUUUAAUUAUGUGUCGGACUGAGUCUAGGGCUGGUAUCAGGGACAGAUAAUCCUGGUCUUGACAUGCCAAUCUUACAUACAUGUCCCUUAGAGAAUGUCUUAGUAAAAGUGACUGUACGUUGAAAAUGUUUAAAUAUUUAGCAGCUCUUUACUUGUUGGUGUCACAUUACCAAAUCAUAUAUAUAUAUAUAUAUAUACUGAAAAUGUGGGCAAAGUACCAAAAUGGAAAUUCUACCCCUUCAAAGUUUUCUUUUUUUUUACAGUUUUAAAAGAAAAAAAUAUAUAUUCAUAGCUAUUGUGUUAAUAAUGUGUUUUUAAAAUAAUGUGUUAAUUGGCAGUCAGGUGUAAAAUAAGAAGACUGUUGAAUGUGUGAACGACCCACUUCUGAUACCAAAGACUUGCUUCUGUAAUGAAAGUUUGUGCGCCACUGAAUGUAUUUCAUGUUGUAAGGGGUUAAAUGUGUCUUAUUCAAUGCUGCCGCGUCUCCAAUGUGAGGUUUUUGUGAUUUCAUUAAGGAACAUUUCUUUUUAAAAAAUAUAUAUAUUUCGACAGUACUUUAUGUGGCCGCCAGGGGGAAGCAUUUUGCAAACGUUUAUUAGCGGUCAUUACUUGUGCUUUAAGAAAUGAAACCUAUUAUUUUCAGAUUAAGUUAAAUUAAGAAGGCCUGCCGCCCUGCAAAAAAAUAUUCAUCAUUGAAAUUUUGUUGUUUCACAUUUAAUUGAAUAAAAUCCAUGAACCUUAAAGGACUUUAUUGAAAUGUUAUGUGGUAGACCAACAUCAUGUUUUAGAUAAUUGUAAGGUGAAACGAAACUAGACAUGUUUUUUUGUUGUUGUUGUUGUUUUUGUAAAUGCAUCCAUAAAAAGUAUAGUAUUUAA